UGUUUUUUGGCUGUGUAGAUCUAUAGCUCGCCGACUGCGUUUAUCGAACGCUUCUCUCUCUCUCUCUCUCUCCUUUUCAUUCCGCUGAAUUAAAAUGGCUGACCCUGAAUUGGAAGCUAUCAGGCAAAGGAGAAUGCAAGAGCUAAUGGCUCAGCAUGGCAUGGGAAAUCAACAAAACUCUGAACAACAGAACUCCCAGGAAGAAGCCAAAAGGGAAGCAGAUGAACGGAGGCAAAUGAUGCUUAGUCAGAUUCUGUCAUCUGAAGCACGGGAAAGACGACUCAGAAUUGUGGCUCUUUGUGGAAGAAGGGAGAAUUCAAGAGUUGCUUGGUCUGCUGGUUCAAUGGUUCUAGCUUCUAAGCGGUCCAUGUCUUGUAUUGAGAUUUCAGUUGCUCGAAUUGCUUUGGUGAAGCCUGAGAAGGCUAGAGCAGUUGAAGAUGUUAUACUCAGAGCUGCUCAAAUGGGUCAGAUAGUUGAGAAGGUUUCUGAAGAGAGGCUCAUAACAUUGCUGGAACAAAUCAAUACCCAAACAACUAAACAGACAAAAGUCACGAUCCAGAGGCGUCGGAGUGUUCUUGAGGAUGAUGACUAGCUCAGUUGAAUCCAGUGCUUCUUAUCUGAUGAUAUGUGAUAAUGCAAUUCUCUCUUGUAAUCUAUAUCUUAAGAUGUACACUUUUUGUGAUCUGCAAUUUUCUCGUCUGUAUCUUGGUCAUCUUGAUUUCCCCCUUGUGUCUCAGUACACUUUUUUAUUCCUGAGUGGUUAUGAAAUUGAAUGAUUGCCAGCAGGAUAGACUUGUGAAGAAAAAAUUUCAUUUGAACCUAAUGCUUCUUAUUUGUCGGGCUGUUUGGUGGUGCAGAUUAUGAAGCUACUUAUAACUAUUUAUUUUUAUUAUUCUUUUGAAGAUUUAUGUCAGAGUGCUUGGUACA